AAAACAGUUGGACCGCUAACCGCCUAAAGGUUCCAGUUUGUUUAAUUUAUUAUUCUAUUUUAAUAAAUUGGUCAAACUGUAAAAUUUAUAAUGGGGAAACAGAGUAAAACUCUCCAGCUUAUGGCUGUAAAACUUGGCUUGAACGACGAAGAUAAAGUUUUAAGUAAAGCCGCAGAGUUCGAACGUCUGCUGCAAAUGAAGUCUACAGCCAACACUAUCACAGACACCGCUAAAGCUGUUAUAUGCUUAGAUUUGGCUGCAUCAUUCUUCAAAUUUGAUUUGGAUCUGAAAACAGCCAUCAAAUGUUCUGGCCUGAAAUCUCCAUCUUACACAAACAGCAAGAAGAUUGUGGAGAACCUGCUUGAGUUAAACACAGACCGGUUGACAGUGCCGGGGCUGUGUCUGAUGCUGCAGUGCAAUGUGCAGGAACUGGCUGAGAGGAUACUGGAAGAGUACAGGAGGACUGCUAAAAUUGAACUUGACAUGUCUCUGCCACAGUAUGUUUGUAUGGCAGUUCAUCAAGCUUGCAGGAUAAGCAAAGUGAAAGUACCAAAGAGUAAACUGGUGGACAAAUCCCAGCUGAAGCCGGGGCAGUGGGGGAAGUUGGACAUGGAAUGGACGAAGUUCACAGACAAAAAGUUUGCCGUAGCUAAGAAGAAGAGAGGAAAGUCUGCUAAAACUGAUGUUAUAGAACAAGAAGACAAGAUGGACGUAGAUGGUGAAGUAAUAAAAAAAGAUGAACAAAUAACAGAACCACAAAUAGAACCAUAUGAGGACUGGAAGCAAAGAAUAUUGGAGGCUGCUUACAAGGAACUAAGAAAACAGAACAAGAACUUAGACAAACAACAUAAGAACUUAGAUGAGCAGCAUAAGAACUCAGAUAAACAUAAUGAGAACCAAAGUAAACAGACAAAUAAACAAAUGGUUAUUUCCUUCUCUCCACGUAGAUCGCCAAGAAAGACCCCACAGAAAUAUGAACCUUAUAAAAGUCCCGUUAAAAACACUCCCGUUAAAGCUGUCAGAUUAUUGUUUAAUUUAUGAUAACUCAUUUAUAGCUAUUUACUUUAGGAUUUUUGUUUGUGUAUAUUUAAGUACUGACAUUUUAAAGUUUGAAAGAAGAUUGACUGAUUCAAGCAUUUACUAGGUAAGUAAGUAGGUAAGUCACACUGUAUGCGCGUAUGAAAUUUCGUUUUAAUUUUAUGAAUUAUGAUAAUGGCAUUUUUGUAUCGUUAGUUAAUUUUAUAAUUGAAAUAUACUUAAGUUUAUACCUAGCGUA